AAAAAUAAGAAAUUCGGCCAUUUUGUUCAAAUGCGAAUUUGUGUAUUGACGUUAGAUUAGGUCAUUUUCUGUGUGUUCGAAGAAAAUAAUUAGGAAAAGCCUUAAUAUCUUUAUUAGUUUAUUGUUAAUUUAUUCAUAUUAAUUAUGCAUUGAAUUUAAGUAAGUAACGCAAUCAGAAUGACUCAAUUUUUACCUCCAAACUUGUUAGCUUUAUUCGCUCCACGCGACCCCAUACCAUAUUUGCCUCCCGUCACCAAAUUACCACACGAAAAGAAAAAUAGGGGCUAUUUGGGUGUAGGAUUUUUUUUGGAAGAUUUUGAGGAUCCUAAAGAAACUCCUCCACCAACAAGAGUAGAAACUAGGGAAGAACGAUUAGAAAGAAGAAGAAAAGAGAGAGCUGAACAAGUUGCUUAUAAACUAGAACAAGAAAUUGCUGUUUGGGAUCCAGCCACAGCACCAAAUACUACAACUGAUCCUUUUAAAACAUUAUUUAUUGCUAGGAUUAAUUAUGACACCUCUGAAUCUAAACUUCGUAGAGAAUUUGAAGUAUAUGGUCCAAUCAAAAAGAUUGUACUAAUUCACAAUAGUGUAAAUGGCAAACCAAGGGGGUAUGCUUUUAUAGAAUAUGAACAUGAAAGGGACAUGCACUCUGCAUACAAACAUGCGGAUGGUAAGAAAAUUGACGGAAGACGGGUUUUAGUUGACGUGGAAAGGGCCAGGACAGUCAAAGGAUGGUUGCCCAGGAGGUUAGGUGGCGGCCUGGGCGGUACCAGAAGAGGUGGUCCGGACGUCAACAUCAAACAUUCGGGUCGCGAAGACAACGAGCGCGAGAGAGAGCGAUAUAGAUUAGAGCGCGAACGGGAAGAAAGGGGCGCGGUUAGAGAACGAGGCGGUGGCGGCGGCGAUAGAGACAGGGGUGGGCUGAGGGGCGAGAGGGAGUUCGAACGACGUAGGUCGCGGUCUAGGGAUAGAAGGAGGCGUAGUCGGUCGAGAUCGCCGAGGAGGGACAAGAGGCGAAGAAGCAAAGAGAAGAUUCGCGAUGAGAUUACGAUCGAAGACGACUAUGAUGGCAGGAGGGACAGAGACAGAGAAAGGGAUAGAGACAAGGACAGAAAACGAAGACGUUCCAAAUCCAGAGACAAAGACAGAGAAGCCCGGAAAAGGGAGCGUAGAGAAAGAAGAGAAAAAGAGAAGAUCGAGAGGGUAGACUUCAUCAAAACUGAUGACGGAAGUGAAAUGAUCAGAGUCAAAGAAGAACCAGUUGAUGAUUAUGAUUAUUCAAGUUACAAUACCGCUACAUUCGAUGAUACGAAGAUCAAGUUUGAAGAAGAUGACGAACAUAAAUAUGAACCGCAUGAUACCAACGGUUCCAGAAGAUUCGAAGACGAGUACGAAGAAGGGGAAUACAAUUGAAAAAAUUUUCUCUGAUAUCCACUUAGAUAAUAUUCCAAUAUAUAUUAUUAGGUUUAUUAAUAUUAAAUAGACAUAGCGAACUGCUUGAUUUACUUAUAUAUACAUAUGAAUUUUGAAUACAUAUAUUAAAUUGUCUCAAUAAUUUUCAGGUAUGUGCUAAUGCAAAUUCGUUGUGAUUUGGUGUUUUUUAGGUAACAUCUCGUUUUAUAAUGUUCAGUGCGUUUUUUAGACAUGUCAAAAUGUAAUUAAAUACAUUAAUUAAGA